AUGAUCAGCCAGGAGCGGCGUGAGAAGAUGGAGAGGCAGGGCUGGCAAGUCGUGGGCAGCCACUCUGCCACCAAGCUUUGCCGAUGGACGAAGUCCAUGCUUCAAGGCAAAGGUGGCUGCUACAAGCACACCUUUUACGGCAUCGCCUCGCACCAGUGCAUGGAACAUACCCCGAAUGUCUCCUGCGCGAACAAAUGCGUUUUCUGCUGGCGAAACCACAUCAAUCCAGUGGCGAUGGGCUGGAAGUUUGACACAGAUGACCCUGAGGAAGUCUUGGAGGAGUCCUUGCGGAAGCACUACGCCACCAUCGAGAGACAGUGCCUCUCCCCAAAUGCCUUGGAGGCCCGGAAGGCAGAGGCUCGGCAAGUGCGGCACUGCGCGCUUUCCCUGGUGGGCGAGCCCGUCGCCUACCCGCGAAUCGCUGGCUUCCUGGCUGGCCUGCAUCGGCGCCGCAUCUCUUCCUUCCUAGUUACAAACGGUCAAUUUCCAGAUGCGCUCCAGCAGCUGCCGCGGGUCACCCAGCUUUACCUGUCCUGCGAUGCCGCGGAUCGACAGAACCUGCAGCAGGUAGGGAAGCCCUUGUUCAAGGAUUUCUGGGAGAGAUACAUGGAAUCAUUGGAGAUUCUCCGUGAUCGACAAGAGCGCACGGUGUGCAGACUUACGCUGAUGCGAGACAUGAACAUGGGCUCCCCAUCCCAGUGGGCGUCUUUGCUGAGGCGAUGCGAGCCGGACUUCGUCGAAGUCAAGGGCGUUACCAUGGCCGGGCUCUUCUCUAAGACCGGCCUCGGCACCCUGAACAUGCCUACUCACCUGGAAGUGAAGCAGUUCGCCUCUUCCUUGGCUGCCGAACUGAUUGGCUACAGCCUGGCGUGUGAGCACGAGCACUCGAACUCGGCUUUGGUGGCAUCCGACCGCUUCCGCGAUGGCGAUGGCUGGAGGACCUGGAUCGACUUCGAGCAUUUUGCCGACUCCUGGGAUGAUUCGAAGUUGACGGCGCAGGACUAUACAGUUGCUACGCCCUCCUGGGCGCUCUUGGGCUCACCCGACGAGGGUUUCGCCCCGACAGAGACGCGGAAGAAGCGUGCCCGACCUCGUCCCGUCCUGUCUGAGGAGAAGGAGAUGCCAAACGAACAAUGGUAA